CAUAAAAGCAGACAGGGGGGCAUAAGUUUGCUGAACCUUCCUCCUUCCUCUCCUAGAGGUUAAAAGAGAGCAAGGACAACACUCUUGAAGCUGGGACCUUGGUGGUCUUCCUUCCACGGAAGAUGAAGCUCCUCUUGCUCCUGUUGGCCUUCUCUCUGGCCCCCAGGACACAGGCAGGCGAGAUCAUCGGGGGACACGAGGCCAAGCCCCACUCUCGUCCUUACAUGGCCUUUCUUCAGGUCACGGGUCCGAAAUCUCUCAGAUGUGGUGGCAUCCUUAUACGAGAAGACUUUGUGAUGACCGCGGCUCACUGUUUAGGGAGCUCAAUAAAUGUCACACUGGGGGCCCACAACAUCAAAGAACUUGAGAAGACCCAACAGAUCAUCCCUGUGGCAAAAUGCAUUCCCCACCCUGACUAUAAUACUAAGUACUUCUCCAAUGACAUCAUGCUCUUAAAGCUGAAGAGAAAGGCCAAGAGGACUAGUGCUGUGAGGCCCCUCGACCUGCCCAGGCGCAAUGCCCACGUGAAGCCAGGGGAUGUGUGCAAUGUGGCUGGUUGGGGAAUGUUGGACCGAGCGGGCAAAUACCCAAACACAUUACAGGAGGUUGAGCUGACAGUACAGAAGGAUCAGGAGUGUGAAUCGCUCUAUCCAAGUCAUUAUAAGAAAGCCAGUGAGAUAUGUGUGGGGGACCCAAAGAUCAAGCAUGCUUCUUUUAAGGGAGACUCUGGAGGACCUCUCGUGUGUAAGGAAAAAGCAGCAGGCAUCGUAUCCUUUGGAGUUGGAAAUGGUUCAGCUCCACGGGUCUUCACCAGAGUCUCAAGUUUCCUGUCCUGGAUAAAGAAAACGGUGAAACGCAGCUAACUACAAGAAGCAAACUGGAUCCCUUUCUGACUAGCCAUGUGCCCUACAUCUGAGUCCAGCAUUGUUCUAGGACA